GUCCAAGUAGAUCGAGGCCGGUUUUUUUUGGGGGUUUUUUUUUUUUUUUUUUUUUUAGUAGGACGAACUAGUGAGACGAAGUGAAGGAUGAGCUCUCACGAUUUGGACUUAGACAACGUCCAACCAAAUCAACCAAAUCGCCAAAACCCGCGCCACCAAACUCACCCUUCUACUUCAACUAUCUCUCCACAAACCACAACGGCGUCCCGUGUUACCAUCCUCCACGGCUCCCCGCGGUUGAUUGAGUCUGAUAACAGUGCACGUCAAGAACAAUCUCCCGCUUCGCAAUCCACCGUGGUACCAUAUGCACCGACACCUCCCCCAGCCCCCACACCCCCGUCAAUACCCUCUGAUUCAGAGGUUUAUGGUCCUCAGAGGCUUUGGGGUCACCAGCAGGUCAUAGAUGACGAUGUCGAUCGCUCAAUGAUGUCAACUCCUCCUGGAAUGCGCUACGACCAGCCGCAAUUUCCACCCAUGGUAAUGGUUUCGCAUCAAGACCCGACCUUCGGAGAUUUUAAGGACGACCUGGCGAGAGCUGCCGGCGUCGUCACUCCGGGAGUAGAUGAUGGUCCCUACAUCCGCCAUGCCUUGGAUGCUCUAACAAGUCGUAACAAUGGCCGAGGUAGCGAUGAAAUAUAUCAACAGGCAUAUCAUUUCACGCCCACAACAGUUCCAAGUCCAUACAAACAAUCCUCGAUACAAUUGCCGUCAGAGAGAAUUAUACGUGAUAAUACUCCCCGAGAUUGGCCUAUAGGUCCGCCUCCUGGACCUGUUUCGGCUCCUACUCCCACCGCCGAAGAUGAGCUCCGGGAAAAACGACAGCAACGUCAAGAAAGGGCCAAAUUUGCUGAUGAUCCCUGGGGUGCCAUCCUGACCUCUACCGCUUCCACCGAGGCUGCAAACGAAGGUUACAACAGAAAUCCGUCUCCCCAUAGUGAAAGACGUGAGGAGCGAACUAUCUCCCCUAAGCCUAAGCUUAACCUGCCGAGGAAUCUAGAGCGUUGGCAGGCACGGUCAGACCUAGUUAUUGACCCCGAGACGGGCCUACAUAAUUGUGGAAGGGCCCUGGACUGGGAGGCGCCCCUGACUCUGAAGCCAUGGGUUUUACGGCCACAAUCCUUACUGAUUCUGGCAGCGUUGUGCCUCUUGAUGGUUGUGGCUCUCAUAGUUUCCGCCGUCUAUUCUAUGAACCACAACGGGUUGACGCCAUACGCCGGUACGAUUCAUGGCGGCCAAUAUUUUCUCUUCCGGAUGCUUCCUCAGCUGAUAGCUAUUAUCAUAUUAAUCUACGCCCAAUGUGUCAUCACGGCCGCGUUUUGGGUUUUGCCAUUUUCAGCUAUGGCUUCGGAUGACCGUAACGAACGACGAGGCGCCAUGUUUUUACCCCUGUACCCAAAAUCAUUUCUCUGGCCUCAACUUGGCGGAGCAUGGAAUAUCUGGAUACCUAUUUUCAAUGUUUGGCUUUUGAAUUUCACCAUCCCGCUACAAAGCAGUCUUUUCACCGUCAUCCUCGUCGACGGAAACUGGGUCUGGGCAACUGUUCAGGGUGUGGCUUGGACAUUGGUGGCACUAUAUGUGUCAUUUAUGCUCUCUCUGGUUGUAUUGUUUGUGUUCUGGAAUCGACGGAGGACCGGAAUGAUGCAAAAAUGGGGUAUCCGAACCCUAGGGGAUAUCAUCUUCCUCAUUUCUCAGAGCAAUUCUCUAUCACGAUAUCGUGGGCUUGAGACGGCACCGACGCGAAGCGACAUGAGACAGAGACUUCAGGGAAAUGCCGACAGGCUCGGGUUUUGGUUUUCUCCAGAAGUGCCGGAAAUCGGGACGUGGUACGGAAUUGGUAUGUCUACUAGCGAAGGGGAUCUCGGGACUGAAAAGUCGGAAGGUCCAAAAUGGGCUAUGCGACGAGAAGGAUCUCUGGAAGCUGCCGAACGAUCCUCGGACCCAAAUAUCCGUGACCGCUAUCUCCCAUGGUGCUUCCGGGAUAGCCAGAUCACUCUCUUCGUUGUGGCAUCAUCCAUCUUGCUACUCGCUUUAGUCAUUGUCUCAUUCCUGCAUUCUACGGACUUGCGCAAUGGUUUCCUUCCUCUCCUGAGCGCUAUGCCGGUUGCUGGCGCAUUCUCCGCCGCCGACUUCGUUUAUUCUUUCAUCCCUUCGCUGCUAGGCCUCAUACUGUUCCUAUUAUUCCAGUCUCUAGAUCUAACGCUACGUAUCCUAGCCCCGUGGGGCGAACUUUCGCGUGCGGAAGGUUCACGAGCAGAAACAUCGCUUCUUUUGGAUUAUGCAACAUGCUUGCCUUUCGAGUCAACAUAUAAGGCCUUGAGGAAUAAGCAUUGGCGAGUAGCAUUCGUGUCUCUCCUAUCCCCGGUCUUUGCUCUUCUGCCAGUCUUGGGUGGCGGUCUCUUCCUGGCUUUAACUCCGCCUGACAAGGUCGUGCGCAUGUAUCCCAACGUGCCCGCAUUCGCUAUCAUUCUCACCCUACUGUUCCUAUACGUUGCCGGGCUGGUCUGCUUGAUACCCAGCAGAGGGCAAUUUCGACUACCUCAUGCUGUCACCUGUCUGGCGGAGGUAAUUAGCUUCUGCACAGACGAGAAGCUGCGUACAGAUGGGGCUUUCGACUUGCAUCUGAUGCUAGAGCCUACAGACCUAGCUGGCCACCUUGAUCUCGGCAAAGAUUGGCACAGACAGGGCCGAUGGAUUCUAAGCACUGGUCGAAAUAACGACGAGCGCCUCGGUAUCAAGCGCUUCAGCAAGUACACAGUCAACCCCAAGAAACUGCGUGCGUAUGACAGAAGGGCGAGAGGCCAGCUGAUAUCUGCUCCCCUACCUCACGACAGCGGCUCUUUAUUCAACCAUUAGGUCGAAUGUUUAUAUCAAUUUUCAUUUCUUGUAGAUCUUUACAUUAUCUAUAUUAUCUUUCUUUCGUCAUAUUUACGAACUCAUCCUACAAUCAUAGAUUGACGAAUUAUAUGUACAGUACGGCUUGGACGGGAUUACGGCUCAUGGUGUUUACGGAUUUACGGCUCAUGGGUUAACGGAUUAUGGUCAUGGUUUUAUUGAUGUCGGCUGCCCGACAGACUUCAACGACAAGUUACGAGACCCACGUGGGUUGACGAUUUUAUGGACAAAAAGAUUACUAGGUAAUAUAUUACUAGUUUUGAGUGAUACCAUUUAGAGAGACUAGGGGGACGACUACAGAUAAAUGAAAACUCACGAUUUUGGUCUGCUGGUUGAAAUACUGCUUGGCAGGAUUCUUAAAUACCUACUUAGUCUUGUGAUAAGAAAU